GUGUCUGACUCAACGAUGUGCUCCAGUGGGAAAUACUGUGUGUUUCUGUUCUUGCUUAAAAGUAUCCUGUCGGACCCGGGAACCACAAACCAAGUGGUUCUGUUGGACACUACGACAGUGCUUGGAGAACUGGACUGGAAGACUUAUCCUGUCAAUGGGUGGGAUGCUAUCACAGAGAUGGAUGAACAGAACAGACCUAUCCACACCUUCCAGGUUUGCCAUGUAAUGGAGCCAAACCAGAACAACUGGCUGCGGUCUGGAUGGAUCCAGCGACAGGCUGCUCAGAGGGUAUACGUGGAGCUGCGUUUCACACUGAGAGACUGCAACUCCAUUCCUUGGGUGUCUGGCACAUGUAAGGAAACCUUCAACCUCUUCUACCUGCAGACAGAUGAACCUCUCCCUGCAGCGACGCGCUUCCGGCCUACUGACUAUGCAAAGGUUGACACCAUAGCAGCAGAUGAGAGUUUUACGCAGACAGAUCUAGGUGAUCGUGUUCUUCGCCUCAAUACUGAGGUCAGGGAGGUGGGGCCGGUGACACAGAAAGGUUUCUACUUGGCCUUCCAGGAUGUGGGAGCUUGUAUUGCUCUUGUGUCUGUCAAGGUGUUCUACAAGCGCUGCCCUUCAACUCUACGGAACCUGGCGGCGUUUCCCGACACCGUGCCACAUAUGGACUCCUCCUCUCUGGUGGAAGUUAGGGGUGCCUGUGUGGAGAACGCAGAAGAGAGGGACACACCCAAAUUGUACUGUGGUGCUGAUGGGGACUGGCUGGUACCACUGGGCCGCUGCGUCUGUAGUAUUGGCCACGAGGAGAUGGAUGGCUACUGCCGGGCUUGUAAGCCUGGCUUCUUCAAGGCAUAUGCUGGGAACACUAAAUGCUCCAAGUGUCCACCACAUAGCUCCAGCCAUGACCAGGCUGCCACCAUCUGUCACUGUGACAAAGGCUUCUACAGGGCCAUCAAAGACCCCUCCACCAUGGCUUGCACAAGGCCUCCGACAGCUCCAAGGAACCUGGUCUCAUUGAUCAAUGACACGGCUCUCUUCUUGCAGUGGAUGCCUCCGAGCGACACAGGAGGCAGAAAGGACAUCACUUACAACAUCCUGUGCCAGCGCUGUGAUGGAAGUGAUGGCGACAGUGGUGUGACGCGAUGUGAGCCAUGUGAACCAGACCUGCGAUUCAUCCCACGGCCACUCGGUCUGACUGGUACCUCUGUGGCAAUACUAGAUUUUGCAAUGCACGCCAACUACACCUUCCACGUGGAGGCGGUGAAUGGCGUCUCUGGGCUUGGCGUGGCUGCACGCUCGCUGGCCAAUGUUACUGUCAAUACACACCAAGCUGGUCCGGCUCUGGUGGGUGUAGUCAGGAAGGACUGGGCCUCUCAAAACAGCAUUGCCCUCUCCUGGUCAGAAGUGGAACAGCCACCCUCCGACAUAGUGGACUAUGAAGUCAAAUACUAUGAGAAGGAACAAGAGCAGCUGAGCUACUCAUCAACACGGACCAAAAACCCCAGUGUGGUAGUAACAGGCCUCAGACCCUCGACUGUCUAUGUCUUCCACGUGCGCGCUCGCACUACUGCCGGCUACACAGCGUAUAGCCCCAACUUUCAGUUUGCUACUGCAGCUGAGGAUCCUGAUAUCGCUGAUCAGGGUCAAGUUCUAGUAGUCGUCACAGCAUCAGUUGGAGGCUUCUCCCUGCUGGUCAUCCUUACCCUCUUCCUCCUCAUCACUGGACGGUGUCAGGGUUAUAUCAAAGCCAGGAUGAAGUCAGAGGAGAAGAGGAGGACACGCUUUCGCAGUGGACAUGUUCCAUUCUCUGGCAUAAAGACCUAUGUGGACCCAGACACAUAUGAAGACCCCACUCAGGCUGUGGAGGAAUUUGCCAAAGAGAUAGACCCCUCAUACAUAUGCAUCGAGAGGGUGAUUGGUGCAGGUGAAUUUGGAGAAGUUUGUUGUGGUCGCCUGCGUAUACCAGGAAGGAUGGACAUUGCUGUGGCAAUAAAGACACUUAAAGGUGGCUAUAUGGAUCAACAGAGGCGAGAGUUUUUGCGUGAGGCAUCAAUAAUGGGACAGUUUAACAACCCUAACAUCAUUAGACUGGAGGGAGUGGUCACAAAGAGCAGACCAGUGAUGAUAGUGGUGGAGUACAUGGAGAACGGAGCGCUUGAUUCUUUCCUGCGGACACGUGAUGGUCAGUUCACAGUGCUCCAGCUGGUUGGGAUGCUGCGUGGCAUCGCAGUGGGCAUGACCUACCUCUCAGAUAUGGGUUACGUUCACAGAGACCUAGCUGCUCGCAACAUCUUGGUGGAUGAAAACUUGGUGUGUAAAGUGUCUGAUUUUGGCAUGUCCAGAGUCCUAGAGGAUGACACUGAAGCAGCAUAUACCGCCACAGGAGGAAAGAUACCAAUACGUUGGACAGCACCAGAGUCUAUUGCUUAUGGAAAAUUUUCCUCAGCUAGUGACAUAUGGAGUUACGGUAUUGUCAUGUGGGAAGUGAUGUCAUAUGGCGAGAGGCCUUACUGGGAGAUGUCCAAUCAAGAUGUCAUUUUAUCAAUUGAAGAAGGCUACCGUCUACCAGCACCAAUGGGCUGCCCUGUGACACUGCACCAGUUGAUGUUGCACUGCUGGCAGAAAGAGGCUAACCAGCGCCCACGCUUCAACGAUGUGCUCUCUUUCCUGGACAAACUCAUAAUCAAUCCAAGUAGUCUGCUCACUCUGGUGAAUGAUGUACAGAGUUUCCCUGAAUCCCCAGAGGACAUGCCAGACUACCCUCUUUUCAUUUCAAUCGGCGACUGGCUGGACUCCAUCAAAAUGAGCCAAUAUAAGAACAACUUCCUCGCAGCAGGAUACACAACCCUGGAUUCCAUUUCCACCAUGAGUAUAGACGACAUCAGGCGAAUCGGGAUCUGUUUGAUUGGCCACCAGAGGAGAAUCAUAAGCAGCAUACAGUCCCUCCGCCUGCAGUUUCACCAUAUCCAACAGAAUGGCUUUCAAGUGUGAAACCACCACACAAAGACAGACUGUGUGAACACUGAGCUGGAAACAAAGAGUUCCUUGGCAUCCUCAUUCGACUAAUUGCACAAACACCAGACUGUUAGGUGUAGCAGGUACCACACGCUGCUCAUGUCAGAGCAGUCCGCUGCUGGACCACAUGUGGUCUAGUUAACACACACUCAUCAUCUACUGGAUCAUUAUCAAUGCAGCCUCCACAACAACCAACCUCUGUCAGCGUUGGCCAAAUGCGGUCUCUUUGUUAUCUCAGCAAAUACUAACAUUCACUUGAAUUUAGGACUUGUUUUCUCUAGUGUCAAUUCAAGUGUUCACCGAUACCUCUUCUCUUUCCAAGUGACAAUCCAAUGGUUUCUAUUGACUUUGAAUGGUCUCAAGUCUGUUACCUCAUGACCAGAGAUGACAUGGAGAAGAUAAUAUGGUGUGGCAUGGUGAUUAAUGGUACAGUAUGUGAUUUUAAUAACAACUUUCCGGUUGGUUAACAAGAAAAUUCAGAAAUACAGAUUGACAGAAUGGUAAAUACAAUCAUGUUUUUUGAACUGAAGACCGCUGAAUGUCAAAAGAUUUUAUAGAAGUGUAUGUUCUAUCCUCAUGAUAAUGCAGUAUGUCUUGUACAAAAAGUCUUGUGAAAGGUGUAUGUUUUAUUCAGUAUGUUUGUUCCUUAAUAAACAGCCCUAUUUUAA